GAUCAGGAAGUUCCACGUUUCCCCACCACCGCCUCUGAAUGCCGGAACGGGCCCGCCCCUCGUCGCUGCCACCUUCUGCUCCGGCGAGGGCUACGUGAGGCAACUGGCGCAGCUCUCCGGACCCACCUCCUACUCGGUACUGACAGAGGAUGAUGAUAAUGCUGGCAUAUCGCCACAUCUCGAUGAAAUUCCAACCUGUGGGAAGGACAUGCAGUAAAACCUUAUUGAGUUCUUGUUGCAGAUGUAGGAGGGCGACAUCAUGUUGUUUGCCCUCCUUUCUCCUGUGGUGGUUUUAGCAAUGUAUCAUAUCCCUUCCGUCGGCAAGGUGAUCCACAUGGGUGUGGUGUUCAAUCGUACGAGCUGGUUUGCACGGAGAUCAGCGCUACGAUCCGCAUCGGCAGUGGAGUAUACAACGUGCUUAGCAUCAACUAUACUGGUUCUUACUUCUGGGUUGUUGACGCCAACUUGGGCAUGCAAAACAGUUGCCCCCUUCCGCGGAAAUAAAGUACAAUGGUUCAUGGCCGGUCGAAUGCCUGAGCACAGCAGAUUCUUUCAUCUAUGUGUCAAUAUGGCCUGACUAUUCCUUUGUCGAAGCUGAGUAUUUUGCGCCCUCAUGUGGUUUCCUGGCUAUGACUCCUUUGGGUGGUCCAGGCACGACGUUGGCAUCAGAUGUUUUUGAGGGAAGCUAUCUAGAUGUUAUUAAGCUCAUGAGGAAAGGAUUUGCUCUUCAAUUUCCUUUUACGUAUGGGGAGACCAUCAGAGAGUGCCUCGCAUGGUCAAAGCGUGGAUUUCGUUAUGAUUUCCGUAAGGGGGGCAGCACCAAGCUUCAAACUUGGGACAUUCUUAAGAUUGACAUGUAUUUCUGGGACUGCGUUACUGAGCAAUUUAGGUCAUCUAAUCAUGUGACAUCUUUUCUCCUCGACAUCAUCAGUAUAACAUUACCAGCUGCUCUGUUGGUUCUCAAGUUUAUUCAUCUUCUUAUCAGGUACAUAUUGGUGCCGCUGGCAUUGUUUACCUUCCUUGCCCACAGAUACUGGAAAACAAGAAUAACACUCGACGCAGUAGAGAAGUUUCUACGAAUGCAGCAAAUGCUUGUAACAACGAGAUACGCCUACACAGAUAUCAUUGCGAUCACGGGCCAUUUCAGAGAGAAGCUCGGCCAAGGAGGCUAUGGCUCCGUAUACAAGGGCGUGCUGCUGCCAGGCGGUGUUCCCAUUGCUGUCAAGAUGUUGGGCAGCUCUAGCUGCAAUGGAGAAGAGUUCAUCAGCGAGGUCGCCACCAUUGGCAAGAUCCACCAUGUCAAUGUGGUGCGCCUCGUCGGGUUCUGCUCUGAGGAAACGGUUAGGGCACUCAUCUACGAGUUCAUGCCCCGGGGAUCUCUCGACAAGUACAUCUUCUCGUCAGAGAAGAGCUUCUCAUGGGACAAGCUCAACGAGAUUGCCCUGGGCAUUGCUAGAGGCAUCAACUACCUGCACCAGGGGUGUGACAUGCAGAUUGUACACUUCGACAUCAAACCGCACAACAUCCUUCUCGACAGCAACUUCGUCCCAAAAGUUGCUGAUUUUGGGCUCGCCAAGCUAUUCCCAAGGGAUAACAGCUUCGUGCCGCUGAGCGCUAUGCGGGGAACGAUCGGCUACAUAGCUCCGGAGAUGGUGUCACGGAGCUUCGGUGCCAUAUCCAGCAAGUCCGACGUGUACAGCUUCGGGAUGUUGCUGCUGGAGAUGGCCGGAGGGCGCAGGAAUGCUGACCCGCACGCCGGGAGCUCCAGCCAGACGUACUACCCAUCGCUGGUGUACGGCCAGCUGACCGGGGAGCAGGUUGGGGAGAUCAGUGAAGAUGUCGACAUGCACGAGCUGGAGAAGAAGCUGUGCGUCGUUGGGCUCUGGUGCAUCCAGAUGAAACCUCGUGAUCGGCCGACGAUGAGCGAGGUCAUAGAGAUGCUUGAAGGGGAUGCGGGCGCUCUGCAAAUGCCCCCGAGGCCGUUCUUCUGUGACGAGGAGAUGCUUCCUGAAGUGGCUUCGUACUCUCUGUCCUCCGAACUGAAUGUGAUAGAGGAGGAAGAUGAGUGAAAUACUUUGUUUCUAUGUGUCUUAAAUGUACAAGGACAUAUGUUUGUCCGUUUGUAGCUUGUCAUAUACUCAUACUAAGCUCAGGGUUGCCAGUGUGUGAUACAGUGAUUGUGUAGUUUCCUAUCUCUGAUGAGGACACGUUGUUUUGUCUUGCCUCUGCUCUGGAGUAUUUGGCAGCUAUGCUUAAUGCACAAAUAUUAAUGCUUAGCACUAUCA